AUGGCCAACCUGUUCCACAGUAUUGCCUCAAGCCCACUGGAAAUCGCUCUGCUUCUUUCACCCGGCAGGCAGCACCCAGCGGUUUUCUGUUCCAUCGUUUUGCAUUUUAUGUACAUCAGCAACGCACUGAUGAUGCAGUGCCAUGUACUGAUCACCAGCAACCGCGUAUGGGCUAUCAUCUUCCCGCUCUCGUACCGGCAGCAUCACUCCACAAGAACCGCAGUGUUUCUCUGCGUCUUGACCUGGCUGAGCACGUGUGUCGUGCUGCUACCCGGUUUGCUAAUGGAUGCGCUGUAUUUUCGCGAGACGGGCGACAAUGUCACCUGCUUAAUGGACCCAAAAGCGCAUCCGUCCCUGUACCAAUGGAGCAUGGCGACCCAAAUCCUUCUCUAUGUAUUACCGAUUGGCAUCCUCGUGGCGGCGUAUUUGCUCAUCUGCUGGAAACGCCAUCAGCGUGGAACACGCGGAGUUGUAAGUAGAUUACCAACGGAAUCGAUGUCGAUCAACCAACGGAAACAGUCGUCCAAAGCGUUCACGGCCUUGACGUUGCUGACCGUGGCGGUAGUAGUCUGCUGGACGCCCCUGGCGGUCUGUUACUGUCUCCUGAAUUUUAGUGGGGUGGUGAUCGCGACGUUCUUCCAAGUGGCGCGGUAUGUCUGGGCAAUCGAGCCGGUUCUGGACCCGAUAUUCUUCAUCAUCGCUUUUGAUGAUCUGCGGGCUGAGCUCCGCGACUUACUCCGAAUGCGAUUCAAAUGUGUCCGUACGGCUUAA